UUUUAAGAAAACCCGCCCACUUUAUUGAUUCAUCUCAAUGAUCAUAGGUACAAGGUUUUGUUCAUGGGGUAGUCCCAACCAAAUGUGUCGGCCAGGCCCAAGAUUACAAUCAAACUUGGCGAGAUUAUGAGCUUUUAAAUUAAACAAACUACGCUCAUGACUAAAACAGCAAAAAGCAAAAGUAUUUCUAGUGAAAUUAAUCUCCUUUAUUAUGGCGCCGUGUUCUCCACCAGAUUCUUUUUUUUAGCACUGUUCUCCACCAGAUUCAUUCCCAAUAUCUUUGAUCACCCCCUCACAAUCAGAAAGAAGCAAUGUUGGCUUUUAACAGGACGUCGAGACCAUUUGAUUCGUCCAGGAGGAGGAAUUGGACUCGGAUUCCUGGGCCCGAUUUUAGAGAGGAAGGAAGCGCGUUCCGCUUCCCGGCCCAACCCUCUUUCCUUCCGCUUCCCGGCCCAACCCUCCAUACAAAUGCAAAACCCUAAUAAGAAACCCUAAGAAACCCUUCUCCCCCGCCACCGGCCACCACCCCGACCAACGGAGGCAGCGAUGGGAUGCACGGCGUCCACGCGACGUGCGGGGUGGGGCUCGCUCGUGUUCGAUGUCUCAGGGUACGGCGGAGUUAGCCUCGACGUACAAUCAUCAGAAGUAUUCACCGUCGGCGCUUACGACUGGCAGAUUCGUUUCUAUGAGGAAGGAGUGUUUGGGCAUUCCGGAGGCUAUGUGGCGGUCUAUCUCUUUUUAGUCAGCAAGAAGGCCAAGGUGAGGGCAACAUUCGAGCUCAGUUUGGUGGACAUCACUGGAUCAACGCCGCCUCGUACGAUGAGGACGGUCGACGCAGAAUUUGACUCUGGCGACCGAACGUGCUUCGGCCAUCCCGAGUUCAUGAGGAAGAGCGAGCUCGAGGCGUCGCCUUACCUUCGCGGCGAUCGCCUCACAAUUGAGUGUGCCAUCACUAUCUGCAAGGAAGCGCCGGUCUCGUCGAAAUCGUUUGCUGAGGUGCCGCCAUCCGACAUCACGGAUCACCUCAGGAAGCUGUGGCAAGGGAAAGAGGGCAGCGAUGUCACCUUCGAGGUUCAAGGGGAGGCUUUUCCUGCCCACAAGACGGUGCUCGCGAUGCGGUCGCCGGUGUUUAAGGCAGAGCUGUACGGUGCCUUGAGGGAAAAUGAUAUGGGUCGCGUUAUCAUUGGCGACAUGCAACCUGCAGUCUUCGAGGCCCUGCUCCAUUUUAUAUACACCGAUUCAUUGCCCACCAUGGAUGAUCUUUACCAAGAUCAAGAUGAAUACAAAGAGAUUAUUGGACAUUUGCUUGUAGCCGCGGAUCGGUAUGCCAUGGAAAGACUGAAGAUCAUAUGUGAAAGCAUCCUUUGCAAGAACAUAGAUGUGAAGACCGUGGUGACUACACUGGCUUUGGCUGAUCAGCAUCACUGCAACAAGUUGACUGAUGCUUGCAUUGAAUUUAUUGCCUCUUUGGGUAAAGUGGAUGAUAUAAUAGCAAGCCAGGGAUAUGCUGAGCUCAAAAGAACCUGUCCUUUGGCUUUACUGGAACUGUGGGAGAAGGCAACUAGGCUCUACAUGAUAUAGUCUUCAUUUCACAUUGGCAUGCGUGUUAAGUCGCAUACAUAUCUUGCUACUUGUUUGAUGAAGGAUUAGUUUAUUUUAAUAUAUAUGGAGCUUCGGUGAAAAACAGUACUACUCUGCUAAUGUUUUUCAUUUGCCAAGA